AUGGACAUCUCCGCACCUCGUUUCUCGGAUGAUCUGGUGACCCUACCGGCCACCGAGCUACGUGAAUCACUAGAGAACAUACUUACCGCUAUCGGUGCCUCUGCGUACUCGUGCUCGGAGGAGAGCAGAGCUCUUGAGAUGCAACGUCAGCGGGUUCUUGCUCUUCUGUCCAAGCUGGACAUAGGAAACGCUCCCUGCGACUUGCCGCGUACGACAGCGCCGGGACGAGGUACUCUUCUAUCCCCAGUUACCUCGGAGGCACCCGACAAGCAUACGGGGCCUUUGCACAUGUCCUCCAGCAGCGGCGAGGUUGCCGAUAUACGGAGUAACGCGGCAGGGGAUGAUAUGCUCGCGACGUUUGCCGAGGCAGGCGAUGCGCGCACGGCGUUUGUGCCACACCCAGACCAUCGCUGCCUCCUGGCCAACCUCUUUUCAAAGCCAAGACGACACGACGUGACGGCGCCUUUGAAUUCCGCGCUGCCUUGCAUUCUAUCUCCGCCCUCCAGGCCAACUUUGGGGAAGGGCGGGUUGGAUGGUCAGGAUGAAAACGAUUCUGUUCCAUAUGCCACAGCCGCCUUGCCACAAGAGAUGGGGCAGCUGUGCUGCUCGCCUGCCGUGCUGCUUUCCCUUUCCCAGGACGGGAGGGAGCUUGUGUGUGAGGGGCAUGACUUGCCAUCAAGCGUUCCACAACGCUGUCGUGUAGAAGAGGAUACUCCUCAAUCACAGCAGUCGCAAUGCUGCGCUCUGUCAGCGCAAGUCAAUGCUCACCGCCGUCUGCGCUGGUACAGCGACGCGACGGAUCCACGCAGCUUCUGGAUCAACGUGUGGCCCUGCUAUGGCGGCUCCGCGGCAUCGCGCUGUCGGCAUCCGACGCGCGUCCUCGUUCGAGGGCGAUACCGGUACUUUGAAGACGUGCUGGAGGCGGCGGCGAACCUGACCGACUGCAAACCCGCCUCACAGGCCUUCUACACGCCUGACGGUUGCCCGAUUCGUCACAUUGAGGACCUGAUCGCGGAGCACCACUACCUCCUCUUUCCCUUCUGUGGCUUCUACCGUAAGCAAUCUGUGCCAACCGCGCUUCUGUGGCUCUUGUAUACUGAUGCACGCCACCUCGUGCAUUGCUCGUAG